AGAACUCUAGUUCGGCACUCUAGAGGCGGAGGCCAGAGGACAGGGCCCUGGACUGCGGGCCGGGUCGGGCCGGGGCCAGGGCGGAGGCGGGGGCGGCGGCGGCGGCGAGUUCGCGUAGACUGGGCUGGUGGGAGAAUGGCCCGGCUCCUGGCGGCGGAGUUCGCGUCGGCCAGAAACUGUUUGGAUGAUUCAGAAGGCUGCAGCAAGGGCAACUGGUGAUUGGCAGCUUCAUCACGACAACAUACCUGCUCAUGCAGCAUGUCUUAUGCAGAGUUUUUUUGGCGAAACAUCAAAUCUCCCAGAUUUGGGCCUUAAGCACCUUCUUUCAGGAAGAGGGCCCGUGCAGCUGUUCUUGCAAUCAGAGAUUUUGACCCACAUCCACAGAUUGGAAUAUUGGAGAGCCAGCCAUUCUCAAGACAGCUCACUUAGGACAGAUGAGGAAACUGAGGCUUGGUGAAGUUACGAAAUUUGUCCAAAGUCACACAGCUUGUAAAGGGCACAACCAAGAUUCAGAGACAGGUUGUAGAAAUUAAAAUGAACAAACUACGGCAAAGUUUUAGGAGAAAGAAAGAUGUUUAUGUUCCGGAGGCCAGUCGUCCGCACCAGUGGCAGACAGAUGAAGAAGGGGUCCGUACUGGCAGAUGCAGCUUCCCGGUUAAGUACCUUGGCCACGUAGAAGUUGAUGAGUCAAGAGGAAUGCACGUCUGUGAAGAUGCUGUAAAAAGAUUGAAAGCUGAAAGGAAGUUCUUCAAAGGCUUCUUUGGAAAAACUGGAAAGAAAGCAGUUAAGGCGGUUCUGUGGGUAUCAGCAGAUGGACUCCGAGUUGUGGAUGAAAAAACGAAGGACCUCAUAGUUGACCAGACAAUAGAAAAAGUUUCUUUCUGUGCUCCAGAUCGGAACUUUGAUAGAGCCUUCUCUUACAUAUGUCGUGAUGGCACCACUCGGCGCUGGAUCUGUCACUGCUUCAUGGCUGUCAAGGACACGGGUGAGAGACUGAGCCACGCAGUAGGUUGUGCUUUUGCGGCCUGCUUAGAACGUAAGCAGAAGAGGGAGAAGGAAUGUGGAGUGACUGCUACUUUUGAUGCCAGUCGGACCACUUUUACAAGAGAAGGAUCAUUCCGUGUCACAACAGCUACUGAGCAAGCAGAAAGAGAGGAGAUUAUGAAGCAAAUCCAAGAUUCCAAGAAAGCUGAAACAGAUAAGACAGCUGGGGGUUCUUCGGGGGCCCCUGGCAGCACUGCCCCAUCCCCGUCGUCCCCCACCUCUCCCACUUCGGACGCCACUGCCGGUCUGGAGACCAACAACCCUCACGCCAUCCCCCGCCGCCACGCGCCAAUCGAACAACUUGCUCGCCAAGGUUCCUUCCGAGGAUUUCCUGCUCUUAGCCAGAAGAUGUCACCCUUCAAACGCCAGCUCUCCCUGCGUGUCAACGACUUGCCUUCCACUAUGCAGAGGAAGACUGAUUUCCCCAUUAAAAAUGCAGUGCCAGAAGUUGAAGGGGAAGCAGAGAGUAUCAGCUCCCUGUGCUCACAGAUCACCAAUGCCUUCAGCACACCCUCCGAAGAUCCCUUCUCGUCCGCGCCAAUGACCAAACCGGUGACAGCAGCAGCACCACAAUCUCCUGCCUUUCAAGCUAAUGGCACUGACUCAGCCUUCCAUGUGCUUGCUGCUAAGCCAGCCCAUACUGCUCUAGCACCCGUAGCAAUGCCUGUGCGUGAAACCAACCCUUGGGCCCAUGCCCUUGAUGCUGAUAACAAGGGAAUUGCAGCCACACAUUCCGGGACCGAGUGGGGUCAAUCUCCUGGUGCUGCCUCUCCAGGUCUCUUCCAGGCUGGGCACAGACGUACUCCCUCUGAGGCUGAUCGCUGGUUAGAAGAGGUGUCCAAGAGCAUCCGGGCUCAGCAGCCCCCGGCCCCAGCUGUCCCUCUGCAGCCAGUUCUCCAGCAGCCUCCACCCACUGUCAUCUCCCAGCCAGCGCCGCCGCCUUUCCAAGGGAACGCAUUCCUCACCUCUCAGCCCGUGCCUGGGGGUGUGGUCCCACCCCUGCAGCCAGCCUUUGUCCCUGCCCAGGCCUAUCCUGUGGCCAAUGGGAUGCCCUAUCCAGCCCCUAAUGUGCCUGUGGUGGGCAUCACUCCCUCCCAGAUGGUAGCCAAUGUGUUUGGCACUGCAGGCCACCCUCAGGCUGCCCACGCCCAUCCGUCUCCCAGCCUGGUCAAGCAGCAGACAUUCCCUCAGUAUGAGACAAGCAGCACUACUGCCAGCCCCUUCUUUAAGCCUCCUGCACAGCACUUCAAUGGUUCUUCAGCUUUCAAUGGUGUAGACGAUGGCAGGCUGGCUUCAGGAGACAAGCACACAGAGGUUCCCACAGGCACCUGCCCGGUGGAUCCUUUUGAAGCCCAGUGGGCUGCGUUAGAAAGCAAGUCCAAGCAGCGUACUAACCCUUCCCCUACCAACCCUUUCUCCAGUGACCUACAGAAGACGUUUGAAAUUGAACUGUGAGCAGCAGUCCCUAUGGCUUACGUAUUUUCUCCAUACUUAGGCGAGGCGGGGUCGGGUGGAGGUCAGAGCAGACUUUGUGUCCCUGAUCAGUACACUUUUCACUAAUCCCAAAGGUCCCAAGGAGCAUGUCCAAGCACAGAGUGCUGUGCGGGCGAUUUUGCAAAAAGUGGAGAAAACCAUUCCUAGAAAAGAGCUAUCCUAGUUAAGCUAAAGACGUCAAGAAAAUGUUCCCCUCUGUCCCCCUCCUCCUGCCUCAGCCCCUUACAAAUCUCUGGCAACAGAGAGGCAGACAUACCUGAACAGGAAUCUGUAUUCAAAGCACAUUUACUGGAAUAUAAAACACAACAGGAAGCAAAACGAUCUCCCUUUGUUUUUCAGGCCGUGCACCUGCCUCUUAUCAGUACUGGCCUGUCUUAAAGGUCAAGAACAGGGCGGCCUGUGCUCAGGCCGGGGACGAGGGGCAGGCGGUGCAGCCGGCAUUCCCAGGAGGGCACACCAGCAGCUGCCCAGCAGAGCUAUAUUUUAGGGGUCAAGUUGAGCUUCCAUUUUGAGUAAGAAUAAAUAUUAUAAAUAUAUAUCAAAAAGCCAAAAUCUUUAUUUUUAUGCAUUUAGAAUAUUUUAAAUAGUUCUCGAUAUUAAAAAGUUGUAAGAGUUGUAAGUAAUCUUGCCAAAGGUAAAAGGGUUAACUGUAAGAAAUUGUACAUAAGAUUGAUUUAUCAUUGAUGCCUAUCGAAGUAAGACGAGGGAAAGCUGGAGGUGCAGGCAGGACCCCCGCUUCCUCGGCAUCAGUCAGUGUAAGUAGCUCAUUGCAGCCACAAUCAUGCUUAUGGCCCGUACAGUCUCUAGGUUGUAGUUUAAAUAAGGCAAAUGAAAGACUAGCAUUGUCCUGGUUUUAAGCCUAUGAUGAAAUUCUAAUGUCAUUAUUUUAAUGGACUCAAUCUACAUGUGCUCUACAGAGAAUCUGUAUUUUCCUUCAUGUAUUGCUGCAGUUCCUUAUGUUAAUCCCUUAACACUAAGGUGACAAUAGUCAUAUCCACAGACUGGAACGCAGGUUGCCAUGUCGGCCUGUCACGUGGGUCUUCCUUGGUGGGUUUUGUUUUAUCCUCUAAGUUUUGCCCCCACAGGUUUUGUGGGGAUGGAGUUUCUGGUUUAUUCGGUGUGUGUGUCUGUGUGUCUGUGUGUCUGUCCUCGUCCCUCCCUCGUGGUGAGCAGACACCGGUUGCCGGUAGCGGCCAUUUGACCUCUGGUAACAAUGUGAGAUCCCAUCUCAUUUUUACUUUUGAACGUUGGCCUUACAAUCAAAUGUAAGUUAUAUAUAUAUAUUUGUACUGAUGAGAAUUUAUAAUCUGCUUUAACAAAAAUAAAUGUUCGUGGUAGAAGCUUCUCCCA